GUUCCCUCUUUCGUUGCUGAGGUGUCACUUCGUCACCGUGACUUCAGUUGCACUUUUACUUCCCUUGGGUCGGUCGCCCAGACUUUUGACUUGCACACUAGUGAAAGCACCUUGACCGCCCGCCCAGCAUCAGUCCACUGCCUCCCACUACAUCAUUGCCGCUUUUUAGUUCCAGGUUUGAUUCUAUCAAAGCUCGGGUGCACCGCUCGUCCUGACCGGAUCUUUACUUUCCCACUUUACACUUCCACUUCGUUGUCCAACAACCCACAGACCGCAUAUACCACUCUCUUUUAUCCUUUGCCCGUUGUUUUGUUGUUGUUUAUUUGGUCGGUGUUGUUGUUGUUGUCGUCGGUGUCGUCGUGGUUCCCUUGUUCAUCUGGCAACAACCUAAGAGUACCUGUAGAAAGCGGAAAGUCUUUCACAAAAAGAAUCCGGGCAUUCUUCUCCAUCAUACACCCCCCCUGCCCUGCCACUGCAGCUGCACUAAAACUUCGCUACUAAAAAAGCCUCUGCGCGCCGGGUAGCCCCGUACCAGGUACCACCUCUACUGCUGCAGCCAGCGAGAUUCCGUCCGAAAAAAAAGGAGGCCGCUGCAACAUCCUUACAGUAGCUUAGCCGGUUCCUUCCUGCAGCCAAAGGUACCUACCGCAAAAGCCAUCCAUCCAACUACCCGCCCUUACACUUUUCCACUCGGCGUUACGCCACGGCCGCCCUUUAACACCCAUCCCACGAAAUCACAGGUCGACGACGAACUUGGCGAGAGAAAGGCGACCGACGAUAACACUCUAUUCGGUCACCGAUAAGCACAACCACUGCUGGAGUGCGGAUUACCGGGUCCACCAUCUUCGACGCGGUUUCCGGAGCCUUCGACGCUUGUUCCAAUCCCGCCGAGCAACUUCGGCCGACGGCGCGUCGAACUAAUCAAGGGAAUACCCCCCCUUGAAUCUUCGACUCUGGUCCUUUGUCCUCUCCUGUCACCAACGACGGAUUGCAAGACCAGCGCAAUUCCUUCUCCCGAUUUCGAGCCUCUGACCGCAUACAUAUUCUAUCUGAUUGCCCAAAAUGGCUGGCUUAUUCAAGGACAUCUGGCAUGCUAUGACCAGUUAUGAUCGACAUGCUGGCAUCGACUCUCCUUACCGAACUGGACGUCAUGUCCCAUUGAACCGGAACUCCGGUCUCGCGGGCGUUACUACCGCCUCCGACUCGCGUGCCGACAUCAACUCGCCCUACCUUCAAGGAGAUGGCCGUGGUUCUACCAUGAGCUUCGACACGGCCUACGGUGGACGCGCCAUAUCUCCCAUGCCGAGUCCCGCCAACGGUGGCCCCUAUUCGCCCGGCCUAGUGAGCCAACGACAGUCCGUCCACCAGGACGCAUUCGAUGUACACAGCCCAACCGGCGAGAUUCCCAUGCAGAACUUCCAAAAUGGCGGUCCGCCUCCCCCACCAGUCGCUAGCUCCUGGGAGAAAAUUGACAGAUGGGCCGAGGAAAACUACCCCGAGUUGUUCGACCAACUUGGCGAGGGCUGCACCGUCAACGAUCUGAACGAACUCGAAUACCAGCUUGAUUGCACCCUUCCCCAAGAUCUCAGGCAAUCCUUGCAAAUCCACGACGGCCAGGAGCGCGGUGGUCUUCCCACUGGCAUUAUUUUCAGCUCCAUGUUGCUCGACUGCGAAGAGAUGGUUCAGGAGUGGGAGAACUGGAAGACGGUGAACCAAGAGUUUAUGCUGGAUCCCGUGCUCGUCAAGCGACAAUCUCAGGCAUUUGCCGCUCAGGCCUCAUCAUCAAAAGAUGCCCCUAACCGCAACCAAAACUGGCGACAAGAACUUCUCAACAAGCAGGAUUCCGUCCCCCCGGCCGCGAUUCAGAAGGCGUAUGCGCACCCUGCCUGGAUUCCUCUCGUUCGUGACUGGGGCGGCAACAACUUGGCUGUCGAUUUGGCGCCUGGACCAAAGGGCCACUGGGGUCAAAUCAUCCUCUUUGGUCGCGACUACGAUACAAAGUACGUCGUGGCCCGCUCGUGGGCGCACUUCCUUGCCAUGGUUGCCGAGGAUCUCAGCAGCGGGAGGUGGUUUGUCGAUGAGGACACCAACGAGCUCAAGCUGCGUGAGUUUAAGGCGACCCGUGUUGAGCCGUCUUAUUUCGAGAUUCUGAGGUGGAGAAUGGAUCAGAAGUAUGGUCGCACAGCCAACAAGCGCAAAUCUAUGGCGCCUUCCAUGGCGUCAGCUUCCGGCAUGCGCUCUCCCCCCACUCCCGGCUCUCCCUACCAAAGCCCAACAGAGCACAACGAGCCUCGUGGCCGGUCGCUACACCGUCUCACUGGCACUUCACCCAUGUCGAGUCCCAUCCGACCAGGUUACGGAAAGCCAAGCCCAUUGGCGCGCGUUGCUGAGGAGGCACCCCCCACAACCUCUCUCACGGCUAGCAACGCCUCCCUCGAGGCCAAAGCCGCCGACAACUUGAUGGAGUUGAACACCCCAAGGACAAGCGGAGAGCAUAGCAAGGAGGAUAUCAAGGUCAAUGAGGAUUCUCCCGCCAAGGAAAGGACAAGCGAGGAUAAGGAGAAGAAGCCUGAAACCGAGGCGAACGGAAAGGCGACGGAGUCAAAGGGCAAGCAAACGACAGUCGAAGACGCCGAGGACAUGAAGGAUAUCGAGAUUUAAAAGGGAACAAAUCGAAGCGACCCAACGAACUCGUCAACUCAUGGGUCACCAUUGAGUAGCUGGCCCAGCAAACUGCUUCCUCACCAUGCGCAGGGCACGGAGUCAGACAAGGUGUAAUGUUUCUCCCUAAUCUGAUAUCUUGACGCCUCCUCGAGCCAGUUGUCCUCUCUUGGCCGAAUAUAAGGGCCAUCGCAUGAUGAAGGGGCAGGUCACGAAUCUUUCUCUUCCAAUUACUUCUUCCUCGCCACCAUACGAUUAGUCUCUAUCGUCUAAUCGGGUUCUUUCAUGAUGCGGGGGUUUUCCCUGCGUUGUCCUCUCGCCUGUUUGGCCAAGGAGAGGGGGGUUUUCGAGGGACAAUCUCGUUGCAUCGCCGAAGUUUGAAUAUUGUAUGUACACUAAAAGGGGAUCAUUUUGACUUCGACUGGUGGGUGGGACCUUGUUGUGGUCUGCCCGACGCCGCCCGCAGAAGACAUUUUCAGCUUUGCACUAUUGUUUACUAUUACACUGCAUAGCGUCAUAAUAACUCUUUCUGUCUUUAUUUUCUGCAUCCAAGCUGUCUUGGCUUCUGGAGGGGAACUGUGGUUACUUACUUCCCCUGGUGCUGUCGUUGGCUGGUUGUCAGCCACAUGGAAGGAAGUUCACGCUCGGAUGCUGAGUUGGUACCGUUGUCAGUGAUUUAUCGAACUCGGAAGGCGCUGAUUUUUUUUUUAAAGUUCGGACUGUUAUUAGGGGGAGUUCGAAGAGGGUGGUCGAGGGAACAAGUGCUUUGUAUUUACAUGGGAAGGGUAUAGACAUGGAUGGUAGGGAGAGAAUCAACAAAGCGUAAAAACAUACUCUUGCUCUUUCAUGCGAUGUUCGGUGCAGAUUCAACAUAACAAAAAUUAAC